AAGUUCAGAGACCUGACCAUAGAAGAACUAAAGAAUGUUAACAAGACCUACCCAAACUUCACGUUCUCCAUGAACACAUAUACCUUCAAGGAUGGAUCCCAGAAGGACCUCCUGAAUUUUAGUGGUACUGUUCCAGUGAAAUAUGGUAAUUCCUAUAACAUCCCUAUUCGUCUGUGGAUUCUGGACUCUCAUCCCUUUGCUCCCCCCAUUUGCUUCUUGAAGCCGACUGUGAACAUGGGCAUUUUGGUGGGAAAGCAUGUUGAUGCUCGUGGCAGGAUUUAUUUGCCCUACCUGCAGAACUGGAGCCAUCCAAAAUCAACCAUCAUUGGAUUAAUCAAGGAAAUGAUUGCAAAAUUUGAGGAAGAGCUCCCUUUGUGUUCACUGUCAUCUUCUGAUGCAGCCAGGCAGUCAGAACUCCUUUCCUACAUUGCAAAGAUUACUGAAGGAGAGUCUGACAUGAAAUCAAGGAGUAAAAUUGGUGGAGGCAAAAAUGAAGGUUUUAACAAAAUUACUGUUGUUGGAGCUGGAGAUCUUGGCAUUGCAUGUGUGCUGGCAGUUGCAGCAAAGGGUGCUGCAGACAAGGUGGUUCUUUUGGAUCUUUCUGAAGGUGCAGCAAAAGGAGGGACCAUGGACUUGGAGAUCUUUGCUCUGCCCAAUGUGGAGAUCAGCAAAG